UCGGUUCUGGAGCGGCCUGUCCGGGUCAGUUCCCGCCGGAGUCGGAAGGUGGCGCUCGUCCACCUCUCCUCUGGCUCCAGCGCCGCGCGUUCUAACACGCACGCGCAGGUGUCCUCUUCGGGACUCUGGGUCCAGUCUGACCCUGGUGGCUCACUUCCGAACCGAACCGAGAGUGACUUCCUGUUAGUCCGAGCAGAACCGAACCUCCCCGCUCGGGUCCAGAUGGGGAACUACCGGGAACGCUCUCCGCACGCGCCCCGCCGCCUGGCACGCACGCGGACGUGCUGUCAGGCGUGUCUUUGAGACGCUCGCGCUCAGAGUUGUCAGAGAGCGCGCGCCGUGCAGUCGGUGCCCUCGCGCUGAUUCUGCUCUCGGAGCUCCGCGAGCUCACUAUGAGGCUGUGACGGCGCGCGGGCCGAGGCCGCCGGCGCUCCGCGAGCGGGAAGGAUGCGCGCGUGCCGGAAGCUCGCGGCGCUCGUGGCGGUGCUGGUGUGGCUGGGAGCGCUGGUUUACCUGCUGGAGCUGAGCCGGAGGAAGUUACCGGAGCCCGGGGGGGCCGCAGGGGGAGAGGCUGCAGACAGCCAG